CGUGCCUCUACAGCUGUUCAGCGCUCGCUGCUCAGAGUUCGCGCCAGACCCCGAAUUCCGCCAUGCCGCCAGUGGCCGCCCCGCAGCUCGCUCCUCGACGCAGGCAGGGCCCUGGGCAACCUGCCAGCAACCAACAGAGGCACCGCCGGCUGUUUGCCGCCAUGACGUGAGAAAAAAUCCCCUUCUCGCCCACACCACGCAUCCACGCACGCUUCCACUCUCCCGCCCCGGCCCUGCCUCUCUUCCCCCCUCACCACACCUCACCAUUUUCUUCCCAGUCUCCGUUCUCGAGUACGAUGUGAUACCUGGGCACGCCUCUCUCUUCCAUUCCCUGCGACCUGUACCAAACCAGCUACGACAGUCUCGGCAAAUCCUUAUUUCAUCCCUACUACCGUCAUGGCACCCAAAUCUUCCAAGGUCGCUCACGACGACACCAAGCCCGAGAAUACAAUCACCAAAGAGAAGCACACGUCUGGUUCUGGUAGUCACUCGAAUGGCAAGCUUCGCCGUGUAGCUAGCUCGACGGGCUCUCAAUUGCGAGAAGUCACGAAUGCCAACGCUUCUGCUGAUGCUCCCGCUCCGGCCAAGGAGACUGCCCAAAAUCCUGGCAUUCAAUGGAAAACCUUUGAGCGAGACACACUCCAUGCGUACCGUCGCGAACACCACCUCAACACUCCUACCUCCUUCUCCUGCUCGUACCGUCAAUUGGUCCUUUCGCGACCCGGUGGCAUUGGCCUACACUCCCCAACGAUGGCCCGGAAGAAGGAGAAUAGAAGGCAGAGCAAAGAGCAACUAGCGAUGACGGUACGGAAACACUUCAAUGGUGUUGGCAUACAAGAAAACGAUGUCAUCGUCGACUUUAUUCACAAAGUCAGGAGCCAGGCCAUAACCAAGGGCGACCGCCACAGAAGAGCGAAUUCGAAAUCGCACGACACUUGAAGACCUUAAUGAUGGAACGAUUACUAUUUGGGAAAUACACGCAUCGAAAGAAGUUGGUUGACGGGUGUCUUUGUGUGUCACCGGAGCAUAGAGCCACGCCGGCCGUUUGGGCGAUUUCGGACUGCAUAAUGAUACCUCACCAUGGGCAGGAAACGCCCCAUGACGAUAGACGACAAAGGCAAGACCCUUUGUCUCAAUUUUUCUUACAUAGUUAUGAUCUAUUACAGUAAUGGAAUACGGAG